ACAACACCUCGUGCUAGGUAAAAAAGACGAGUUCUUAGGCACAUACCUCUUGUUAGGCACAUUCAUUCAUUCAUUCAUAACAAAGGACUAUAUAUACCUUAAUCUAGUAAUUGAAACAACAACAACAAAAACAUCAAGACGCGCAAGAUGGAGCAACAAGUUCGUGAGUUUGCAGAGCGCAUAGCCCAAUUGGGUGGUGGUGAGCAGCUGCACUUGUUGCUCGAUAAGGAGGAGCAGAAUGCGGAGAUCAUCUUAUGCAGAGAAGCGAAGGUCUGUCUACUAGUACUCGUAAACUUGAAAUAAGGGAGUAAACUCAAGAAUAAAAGCAGAAGCCCUUAAAGUAGUUCCCAUCUUGCCUUACUUUCGUACCAUAAGAUGACCCAUUUUUGUGUUGAUUAUAAGUACUUGUGCAAGCAGUGCAAAUUGUUUCGAUUUGCAACCUCUCGAAGCUGGUUCGGAGUCCAAGCUCAGUCUGCCUUUCAGAUAUACACCAGCGAAAGUCUGUCUACUAGUAGUACGAAACUGAACUCAUUAACUACCACUACCACUACCUCCUCACGUCUUUCUACUAGUAGUACGAAACUGAAUUCAUUAACUCCCACCACCACUACCUCCUCACUCUUCUAAUACCAAAAGGCUUGACGGAGCGUGUUCGCACUCAAAACAGUCAGAUACAGCGACUAUUGGCGGAGAACAUGGCCGUGUCGAAACAUUUGACGGACGUCCAAGAAGCGUUAGAGCGCAUGAAGAGUAUGGCCAACGACCGAGGCAUAGGACAGGAAGUCGGGAAGCUCGUUAAUGAUAGUGGUACUUUUUCUUGUAAGUACGUAGGUUGGUCGGCAUGAUCCAGGUUAUCGUUAUGAUGGGUGAUAUACUUUAUGCUGACUCUUCUAUAGUAGAAGUCUUUCGCGAUAUAGUUUUGAUGUAGGUCUUCGGUUGAGUAGUCUUUAGUCGGUGCAUGAUUCUCCUGUUUACAGUCAAUGCACCCUGCUCGGUGUCAACAUCAACAUUGUGACCAUUUUUAACUACUACCACACUUCCCAACUUCUCCACCCGACCAGGUUUGAACGCCUACUUAUGUCGCAAAGUGUUCCGACGCUUGUAUGAGGAUGCAUUGAAGCGUAUCGAGCGGAAGCAAGAGAGGGCGAAGAAAUUGAUGAAGGAGAAAGAAGAAAAUCUUGCCAAAACCUUUGCUGCACAAGUGGAGUUCACGGAUACCGACUGCGCAUUCUUGCGAAUCCGUCCUCUGGUGGCACCGACGAACAAUUAUGGCUAGAACAUGAUUUUUUAUUUUAAAUAGUCUGUCAGUCAUUGGUAUUAUCAUUAAUCUUCUUCGUCAUGUCGAAGUCGAGCUGCUCGAUUAUUUUCAGCGUCAUCAUACGCAAGUCGAAGCUUCUCACAAGUUCUUACUUUUGCUAGCCACACCAGCCCUCUAAUGCAGCACAAGACCAAAAACCGCGGACCUGGCACAGAUUUCGCCACUGAAGAACGCAGCAGUGAUAGCAGCGAGUCCACCGAAGACACCCAAUAACAAACGAGUGUUGGUAUAAGGAAAUCGUGUUCUAGAAACCACGCCUCAUCAGGAGUAACUGUGUAACUUCAUGAUAACUUGUGUUGGGAACAACUAUACCUAUUUGAAUACGUAAAAGCUGUAGCUGCUGUACCAGUAUUUUGGAUAAGAAGAAGUAGAAGAUCAAGAUGAAUAGAUACAAUGCAUUAGCAGGGUAUGAAAAGUGCAUAGACGGCUUAUGCCCGACUGAAUUAAAGUGCUGCAUUUAUGCAUGGAUUUCACAGAUGGUCUUCCAAUCCAGCGAGAGCACCGACAUUUUGCUGUAGAGGGACGGCUUUUAUUCCAUAACUAAGUCACAAGUAGGGUGUUCACUGAUAACAUCAGUAACUGGG